AGCCGCUCAGCAUUUGACAGAUUUCACGCCUUGACAAACUAACAAUGAUUAACUACGACCUCUCUGAGUCAGACUUUGCACUGUGCUUUCCCUCCAGUCCUGAAGUCGGGGUCCGGCUGUUGUUCUUCAUGUUGGUGGUAACAAAGCUCUGCUUGGGUUUGGGACUGUCAGUUUUAUGUUCUUUUCCCAGCACAUCUCCUCUGUCAGUAAAGGACAUGGAUACCAGCUCGUUCCCUCAAAGGAUUGGAGUUGUAGGCUACGGGCAUCUAGGGAAGUACCUGGUCGAGAGGAUCCUUAAAGAUGGAGAUGCUCUCGGUCUUACUUUGGCUUUUGUAUGGAACAGAAAUUCUGACAAGCUCAAAGGUUUUGUUCCCGAUGAACUGAUACUUGGGGACCUAUCGUCGUUUGCAGACAGGCGAUGUGAUGUGAUUGUCGAGGUGUGCCAUCCUCGUAUAGUAAGAGAAUUUGGCUUUCUCUUCCUGUCUCAGUCUCAUUUCAUGGCGGGCUCUCCUUCGGCCCUUUCUGAUCCUGAUCUGAACCAGAAGCUGCGCCAGGCGGCUCGGCUGCACAGCAGGACCCUCUACGUCCCCAGCGGUGCAUUGUGGGGAGGCCAGGACAUCCAGAGGCUGAAUGACAGCGGAGCCUUGAAGGCUCUGUUCAUAAGAAUGUCCAAGCACCCUUCCUGCUUCCGGCUGACCGGAGACGUCCUCUCCGAUUGGACGGAGGAAGAGGGCCGGCGGGUCUUGUUCGGGGGCUCGGUGGCGGAGUUGUGCCCGCUCGCUCCCAACAACGUCAACACCAUGGCGGCAGCAGCGGUUGCAGCAGGGACGCUCGGCUUCGCGGGUGUUCGCGGAGAGAUCGUGUCCGACACGGCGUUGCGUGACCAUCACGUGGUGGAGGUGGAGGUGACCGGGACAAAUGGCUUUUCGGUGCACACGGUGAGGAGGAAUCCGGCCGAGCUCGGAGCUGUAACCGGCAGUGCAACGUACAACUCCUUCUGGAAUAGUUUGCUAGCUUGCAAAGGUCACGGGGGUCGAGUUUACUUGUGCUGAAACAGAUGAGCGCUCUGCAGGAUUCACUACGACGAAGCAAUAAGAUCCAGAUGAAUCGGUGUGGAUGGCGUCACCGGAUCAUUACGUUACUGAAAAC